UCCAAAUAAACGGUACGCUACUGGAGGACCUCCGACGCAAACCUCGGAGCCUGAACUUGUUUUGCCGCUGCGAUGCUCAAGUUUGUGAAACUCUUUUUCUGGCUACAUUUGUUCAAUAGUGUUGCAAGCCGAACGACCCCUUACACUAAAAAUGAGAUUAAAACUAUUGAUGGUAGUAUCGCACCGGGACAAAUUACCUUGAACGACAUGUUCAGAGAGGUUGAAAAAUUGAUGGAGGACACGCAGCAUAAACUAGAGGAAGCGGUACAUCAGAUCAACAAUGAAAGCGCUAAAUCUCAAUUGUAUGCGCAAGAACUGGUUCCAAUUUAUCAUAAUUUGACUCAUUCAGAGGACGCGCUGGAUGACCAAGCCAUGCAUAUAGUUCAACAGAUCAAAAAGGAAACGGACAAUAGGACAGGGGAGAUCCAUCUCUCCAGAACAGUGAUUCAGACCAGUGGCAGAUGGAAUGAAAUUGACCACGAGUGCCUGAUCGAUGAGGACUGCGGAGAGAGCGGCUACUGUCUGUACGAGAUACUGACCUCCAAAUGCAUACCCUGCCAGGCCUCCUAUGCUACCUGCGGAAAGGACGAGGAAUGCUGUUCAGGCCAAUUGUGUGUGUGGGGAAAGUGCUCACCAGACGGUGUAAAAGGACAGUCUGGCAGCAUCUGUCAGUACCAGAAUGACUGCAGCCCUGAGAACUGCUGCGCCUUUCACAAGGAGCUGCUCUACCCGGUGUGUACCCCGCGACCCCAGGAGCAGCAGCCGUGCCACAGCCACCCCAACAUGCUGAUGGACCUGCUGCUGUGGGACGUGGAGGGCCCCAAGGAACACUGCCCCUGCGCCGGGGGCCUCGAGUGCCAGCCCCUCAGGCGUGGAUCUCUAUGCUUGGAUGUCAGAGGUGCAUCCGGUGAGGACAGCCCAGAUCCAGACUUUCUGUGAAGCAUCAAUGAGUUCCCAUGAGUUCUUGUGUGACUUUUCUGGCUCUAAAUGUGUUUUGACUCCAUUCUAUGAUUCACCACUGCACAAACAGAUGGGAGACAGUACAUUCAUUUACAAUAUGAGCCUGCAGAUAUUACACGUUGUACGAGCAUUUUGUGACACAACAGAAUAGCCCUAGUUUCUCUGUUGAAGAGAUGUAUUAGUAGUUCUGACAAUUAAUUGUAUUGUAUCUGUAUAUCAAACUCGUAUAUUUAAAUGAAACAUACCUUAGUUUUCUUGAAAAGAAGACUGUUGAAAUCUAUUAAAAUUCCUUGACUGCCUGAUGUGUUUCUCAGAAAUACGAAGGCAUUUAAACCUCCCGUUGUCGCUAAUGUAACACAAUACACAGCAGAUGGCAGUAUUCAACACAGUUUCCCCCCUCAGUCAGUUCUUGUAAACUAGAGAAAACUGGUUGUUCUUUAUACAAGGUCUUGUUCUCUUUCAGAAGACCUUAAAGACACAUUUUAACAAACUUCAGUGACGCAGCAGAUUCAGGAGCUAGAUUCUCUUAUCACCCUAAAAAUCAUGUACUAGAUUAUCACAAUAUCCUAAAAAUCACACAUGGGAAAGAACAAUAAUUCUUCAGAAUUGAAAUGUAUUUUGUGGUUUUGUGUGUGUUUUCAAAUGCAUUUUGGGGUUUUGUGACUGACUCAGUAUGCAGAUUUUUGCUCAUCAGUGUUUAUUUAUGACAAGGAUUUAGUGAAGUACCAAAUCUGUGAUAGGAUAGCAAUGUCUUCUUUAAUGGACAUUUCUCAUGAAAUGCGUAGCAGUUUAAGGGAGAGGGCCCAGAGGUUUACAACUGGGAAUGUAAUUGGGAAAGAGUUGCUGUUGAGUUUAACUGACGCAAAUGUAAAAGGUAAAAAAAAGCAAAGACAUGGUGUUUCAUG